ACAUCAUCCUUACGCUUUUUCCGUAAGAACUAAAAGGUUAUUGAUACUGCAAAAUUUGGACACCGAUGAUCUUGAAUCGUCUGAAAAAUGGUUCUAUUUUCGGGUUGAUUUUGGAAUUAAUUGAACAGCAGUCAAAAUAUGGCACACCGUUUAAUCGGUCCAUUGUCACUCCGUAGAGUUAAGCUAGAUACCAUUACUAACCUUUCACCAUUAUAUUGUGGAUGUUGUAAGCUGCAUGGAGCUAAGUCAACACAACUACAAUACAGAAGACAUCGCUCAUCAGGCAGCCAUGAUUAUACCUUACUUCCAUCCUAUAACUGUACAUUUACACACAAUAAAUCAAGUUCAUAUUAUAAGACCAAGCACCUUAUAAGUCCAGAUUUUUCUUUAGGUAUUCCAUUAGGAUCCAUUAGAUAUUUUCACAUAUCGUCACAAUAUAAUGAAAAAGAUAAAUCAUUUGUUGAAAAAGCUGUUGAAGUGUUGAAAGAUAAAAAAAGAACGGAUAAAAAAGGAGAUGGAGUUAUUGAUAAAGAAUUACAACUGGGUGUUGACAAAGAAAAAGUGGAUGUGAAAUUAUCAGGAGACCAACAGAGCACUGUUGUAAAAGCUAAACCAACAUUAUUACAAACCAUAAAAAAACAUGGAAAAUAUUAUUUGGAUGGGUUUGUUUUGUUUUUCAAAGAAUUAAGAAUAGCUGUUUCUUACUUAUGGAAGAGCAUAGUGAAAGGAGAGACUUUGACACGAAGAGAGCUGAAGCAACUCAGAAGAACUACAGCUGACGUCUUCAGAAUGAUUCCUUAUCUCAUUUUAAUUAUAAUUCCGUUCUUUGAAUUUUUGAUACCAUUUUAUUUGAAGUUUUUUCCUAACGCUCUACCUAGCACCUUUGGACGAGAUGAAAAAAAGCCUGAUGUCUUACUUAAGGAAGGCUUAAAAAGAAAGCAGGAAAUGGCCAAAUUACUGCAGGAAACUUUACAGAAAACAUCAUUGGAACGAAAGAAGAAAGAUGCACCCAGCAUGGUGUUGGAAUUCACAGAUUUCAUGGAAAAGGUUAGAAGUGAAGGAAUAGCAGUUUCCAAUGAAGAAAUACUUCACUUCUCUACAAUGUUUGAAGAUGAAGUGACAAUAGAUUCUUUGACUAGAGGUCAGCUCCAGGCCUUAUGUAGAGUACUUAGUAUCAUACCUAUAGGAACUGAUAACAUGUUACGAUUUCAACUGGACAUAAAAUUACGUCAACUUCUGGUGGAUGACAAAAUGAUUCAAAAAGAAGGCAUUGAGGCAUUGACAGUACAGGAAUUACAGCAGGCCAAUCGAGCAAGAGGAAUGAGGGCUUUAGGUGUAGAUAAAGAGAGGCUGAUAUUUCAAUUAGAACAAUGGCUAGACCUUCAUCUAAAUCAACAUGUUCCAACAUCCUUAUUAUUGUUGUCAAGGGCUUUAUAUCUACCUGAACAUCUGUCGCCUGUAGAACAACUACAGAAAACAAUACAGUCACUACCCAAGACUGCUACUGCUGAAGCAACAGUAAGAGUUGCUGCCAUAUCAGGUGAACAGAUAGAUCCAGCAACAAGGAUUGAAAUUUUGAAGUCUGAGCAAGAGGCUAUAGCUAAAGAAACCAAACUUAAAGCUGAAGAGAAAGAAUUGAAAAAACAAAAGCAAAUACAGAAAGAGGCUGAUGAGGCAGAGGCCAUUGCUGCCAGGGUUGCUAUGGAAGGAGAAUUAUUAAUGGACAACGCGCCUGAAAUUGCUGCACGUGCAGAAGAAGAAAUCAAAAGUCUUAAUGCAGAUGAAGAAUUAUCUGACGAAGACCUCAAGGAGAUUGAGUCAGCCAUAGAAAACAUUGCUAUGGAAAAGAAGUUUAAUAUUGAUGAAGAAAUAUUACAGGAUCUAAAAGAAGAUGUAGAUGAAUAUAAAGAAGAUUUGGAAGACCUUAAGUCAGUUAUUUUAGCUUCUGGUGGAGAUGAGGAGGACAUUAAAGAAUCCAAGUCUGCUAAGAGGUUAGGUAAAAAAGUAGACAAACUGGUUAAUCAACUGGAUGUCAAGCUUGAUGAGCUGCACCAGAAAAGACUCAAAAUUAAUAAGGAGAUCGAUUUGAAGGAGAAGAACCUCAUCUAUGCAGAUAUUGAUGAUAUAGAAACCAGAGAUGAAGUAAUGCAGAAAAUAUCAGAGAAGAAGGGCUUAGUGAUUAGUAUAAAUGAUAUGGUGUUGGCAUUGAGGAGACUACAAAAAGUUCCAGAUGAAGUCCGACUUCAGAAGAUUGUAACAGUUUUAGAUGAAGACAAAGACGGUAUAAUUGAUGCUAGUCAUGUUCUUAAGGUUAUUAGAUUGCUGGGUCAAGAAAAUGUCAAAUUGGAAUCUUCCCAAGUUUCUGAACUAAUUGAUCUAUGCAAGAAGGAAAUGCUGAUUGAAGAAGAAGAAAAAAAGAAAGAAAAGGAUGAAAAGGAAAAAGAAAAACAAGAGAAAAGUCUGAAGGAAAAUUCAGUGAAUAAUGAAGAAACAUUGAAAAAAUCUUCAGAAUGAAAUGAAAAUGGCUAAUUGUUAAUUGUUAUUUAUUUUGUGAUAAGUUUUAAAUAGUUAAUGAUAGUAUUGAAAUACAAAAAUUGAAUGAUUCCUGUUAUAAGGUUAAACCAUAUGUUAAACAUGUUUUAAAACCAUCAAACUCUCAGCUAGAAUAGUCAUGAAAGUAAAGUGUGUGCCACACAGAGUAGGUACAACAAUUCUUUUUAUUUGAUUUGAACAAAAUGUUUAUAUUUGUAUCAAUUUAACCAUCAAAGCAUUCAUGUCAGCCAAAAUAUUCAUUUACUGCACCAGUAACUGAAGACAGAA